AUGUCGGGUAACUAUGGAUCCAACCAAUUUCCCCAGUACCCAGGAGAUACUCGUCGAACCUCUGGGAGUUCAUCCGCGAACUCUUCUUCACUAAACAGCAUAAGCGCCAACCAAUCUUACGGACAGUACCCCGGAGCGAAUGUCAACUCUUAUUUACAGUAUAACCCCCCAGGUGGUUACAGUCAAGGCUUGCCAACCCAAAACAUCGGUGGCGGCUCCCUUGCUUCCAGCACUCGUGAUCUAUAUGGCCGAGCACAGUAUGCUAGUGACUUGGCACCCGGUGGCCUUUCGUAUAAUUCUUCCGCCCAGCCAAGUGGACUAUCUUUGGACACUUUAUAUGGACCUAUGACGUCGAGUAAUACCCUCUCGCACCAAGGUUUUGGAGGCAAUCCGGGUUCUGGUUUGAACCAUGACAGCUAUCUAUCCAGCUCUCUUGCGAUAAACUGUCCAAACCCAUCUCAUAAUUCCGACUCACGUCCAAGCCAUGGGGUUGUACGCAACCAUAUAUGUCCAACUUGCGGGAAGGGGUUUGGAAGGCCAUCUUCGCUGGCUCAACAUGAAUUUAUACAUACUGGUGAAAGACCAUAUGUUUGCCCUGUCUGCGGAAGAGCUUUCAACACAACCAGCAAUCUUAAGCGCCAUCAAAGUCUGCAUGAGACGGCUCAAUAA